AUGUCGCGCCCGUCGUUGUACCGCCAGUUCCGGACUCUAUUGGGUUCUACGAGGUUAACGUCACAAGUGCCGAGCGGCCAGGCGAUCCGCAUCGAGCGCGUCAAGAUCAAAAGGGCCAACCCGACGAGGCGUUUCUUAAGUACAGUGCUCAAAGUCGCUCUGGCCACCCAGUUUAUCCUCGCAGUACCCUCUCUGUUCCCCGAUGUAGAAGAGGGCGACGAACUGGAAGAGGAGCCGCUGUUCAUUCCUUUCCCGUUGACCACGAAGAAGAUCCCCGGACAGCCUUACAGGGGGAGUGACCCGGAAUGGAGGGAGUUCGUCAGGCUAUCCAAAGAUCCGCAGGCGCAAAGACGAGUCAGAGACUACGUUGCCAACCUUGCCUUCCAGGCUGCCUUAUCAUCCCCCAUACUUGCGAUAAAACUCGGAAAGCCAACGAGAAUUAGGAGAUAUUGGUUGGACAUUGAGUACCCUGUCAUGGCACCGCCUACAUAUGAGCGGUCUGGUUUACUACUCACGGAAGAAGAGCUGCAGUGGGCCACUGUGCCGUGCGACCCAUGGACGGCAAAGAUCAUGAACCGCGUUUUGUGGCCGCAGCCUGUGGCCCUGGGGCUGUGGGCUUUGGGCAAAGCGGCGGUCCAGCAAACGGCCCAGGACGUGGCGAGAUACUUCGGGUUUGCGUCCGAGGGCCCAGCGGGUGCUCACGCACGGCCGAAUCCAGGAACGCUGCAGCCUUUGCCGCCAACGCAAAGCCCCGAAGUCCAGAAAAUGCUCGAUCGCAUUCGACAACAAACCACCAGACGGCCGGCCGAGGUAGACGACCCGAGUUCCGUAUCUUCGUCAGCAGCCGCGCAACCUACAACCCCACGUGACAAGGCCCCCGAUGCGUCGGGCAAGCCGGCGCUGGACCAGAGUAACCAGGCGACUCCUGAUCAAAACACCUGGGUUCAGGAAGUGAGCUCUUCCAUCGCCAAAUCGCAACCGUGGGAAACCUUCAAGAAGACCUGGCGCCGGGAGUUCUUGAACGAGCUGAAGAUCGACCCCGUUCGCGGGGCAUUUUUCGUCUGGGGCCUCGUUGAGGUGGAGACGCCGAAGGCUUGCUUGGUCAUCGAUAUGUACACCUGGUACGACCCGAAGACUAAGUCGUAUCAGCCGGGGACAUUGAAGAUGCGUCUUAGGAGAGUGCAGCCGAAGAUGCAGAGCCCUCUGCCGCCCCAAUGA